AUGCUCACGCGCCGCUCUCUCCUACGCCAGUUGGCGCAAUUGGACCCGGCUACCGCCACCUCAUCGUCGAUAUGCCGCUCGUGCCAGCUGCGCCGCGUGUUACAAACGAGCACCACCGCUAUCGUGGCUCCGCGCAGCCAACAGUACAGCACGCAACCCCCGAACAAACAAGCCCAAAAACCACAAGGAGCUCCAGCUUCAACAGCAGCGUCGGAGACUGGGCAGAAAGAGAAGCAAGCGGCGGCAGCUCAGAAUGAAAGAAAGAAUGCGCUUGGCCAAGGUCCCGCGGCGUACAAGGCGCCGUCGAAGCAGGAGGGCUUCACGCCGCAGGUAUUAGGGCGACCUAUAGGCUUCCAUCGGCCACCUCUGCCGGAUGAGAAUUCUGGAAAAGAUGAGCGCAGCCUGCGUCAGCGGCGGGACGACUUUGUGGAUUACGACAAGCACUUGAAGCGUCGAAAGGAGCUGACCAAAGCCGUCUCCAAGCCCUACUUCCGCGACUACACCAACAUGCAAUACCACAGCGGUAAAUCCUUCCUCGCCAACCCACGCAUUUUCCGCUCCGAUCGCGCCCUCUUCUUCCCCAACUUCGUCGGCUCAACGCUCCUCCCCGGCGCUGAGGGGCGUAAGCCCCACUCGACAACGCUUGCCCUCCUCAACCGCGUCUCCCUCGUCUCAAUCUACUCGUCGGAGUGGGCGCGGCAGCAGUCCGCAACCUUCACGGCGCCCGAGCAGAACCCGGAGCUGCGCGCGCUCCUCGAGGCGAACCGCGGCGUCGCGCAGCAUGUCGAGCUGAACGUGGAGCCGAACCCGAUGCGCGCCUUCAUCCUGAACCUGUACAAGGGCCGACUGCGACGCCAGCGCGGCAACGAAGCCGAUUGGGACCGCUACUUCAUCGUGCGCCGCGGCUUCUCCGACGAGAUGCGCGAGAAUUUGGGCAUCAUGAACGAGAAGGUCGGCUACGUCUUCCUCGUCGACGGCGCGUGCCGCAUCCGCUGGGCCGCCAGCGGCAACGCUGAGGGCGACGAGAAGGAGUACUUGAACAAGGGGCUGAAGAUGCUGAUUGGCGAGGCGACCGUGGGUCAUCAUCACUAUCACCCAAAGGAGGGGUCAGCUGUAGAAAAGGCUGCAGCGGCAUGA